AGAGAGCAGGAACCUGGGCUUACGAUGGGGUCCCGGGUUAGGUCCCAACCCUAGGAAAAAGGAAUAGGAUAGGGAGCAAGGACGGAGGCUUUGCUCUUACCUGCCGGCUGCCCAAUCAGCGAAAUCGAGCUCUGCAGCUUUCGCCACCGCUCACUGCCACGCUCUCCUGCUCGGCGCCCUGGCCGGGCCGGGUUCAAUAUGACCCACCAUGGCCCGCAGUCCGCAAGACCAGCUAGGGAACCCAGAUCCGCCGCCAGCCCAUCCUGGACAACUGGCGCAAGCGCAGGAGCCCGGGAGUUUCGGCCCUUCUGGUCCCGGAGCAUGCUGGGAAAUGGAGUUUACCCCUAGAGGAAUUGCUCCCAGCGAGCACAUGAUGGAGCUCUCCAAUUGACGCGCUUGUUACUGCGGAACUGCAUGGAUUCGGCCAAUGAGCGGUCGGCCUCAGUUUCACCCGUGCUUUCGGAGGGGGUUAGUUAUGGCGCCGCCUGUGAGGUACUGCAUCCCGGGCGAACGUCUUUGCAACUUGGAGGAGGGCUGCCCGGGCAGCGGCACCUACACCCGGCACGGCUACAUCUUCUCGUCGCUUGCUGGCUGCCUAACGAAAAGCAGCGAAAACGGCGCGCUUCCUGUGGUGUCUGUGAUAAGAGAGACAGAGUCUCAGUUACUGCCAGAUGUGGGGGCUGUUGUAACCUGUAAGGUCUCUAGCAUCAAUUCACGCUUUGCCAAAGUGCAUAUCCUAUAUGUGGGGUCCACACCACUUAAGAACUCCUUUCGAGGAACUAUCCGCAAGGAAGAUGUCCGAGCUACUGAAAAAGACAAGGUUGAAAUUUAUAAGAGUUUCCACCCAGGUGAUAUUGUCUUGGCCAAAGUGAUAUCGCUAGGUGAUGCACAGUCCAACUACCUGCUGACCACCGCUGAAAAUGAGCUAGGAGUGGUGGUGGCCCACAGUGAAUCAGGUGUGCAGAUGGUACCCAUCAGCUGGUGUGAGAUGCAGUGCCCUAAGACCCACACUAAAGAAUUCCGGAAAGUGGCACGAGUGCAGCCUGAAUUCUUGCAGACCUAAGAAGCCAUAUUUUACCCAAUGGAGAGGAUUAAGCUGUUUCUGAGAGUACAUGUAUGAAAAUAACAUCAAGAUGCCAUUGUCUUUAUUCAGACAUAUGGGGUCAGCCAGCAACCACCCCUAGAAAAAUCUGCUGGAACUGUGUUCCAUAGGUGGAGAAUUUUUCUUAUAACUUUCUCUUGUGUGGUGAAACUUCUCUUUUGGAGGCACCAGCGAACAAAUUGUGUAAUGUUGGAAAUAACCUGUUUCUCCUGACAGUCCUUAUAAAUGUGUAUUUUUUGCUGUGACAAAGAAAAUAGUUUUACUGAAAGAAUUUUAUGGUUUCUUUUGUCUUGAGCAGGGAUAGGAAUCUAAAUGGUAUCCUGACAGAGCAAGGGUUUGCCUGGUUUUGUGCUUUAACUGACUUGUAUAUGUGCUUGCUUGUUCUGGACAAAGCCUGAUUUCCAAUCCUUUUUACAUUUGUUGUGUUUUAAGCCUUUGUUUAUUGAGUAUUCACUGGGUCAAGUACUUUAUAUACAUUAUCUAGUUGAGGGAGAUUAUGGUUUGGUGGAAAUUACAGACAUGUGGUCCUCCAGCAUGUGAGUAGUUUUGAAAAUAAUUUGGGAAAUGUAGUAUUACUAAUGUAGUGUUUAUUAAAUCUGAAUUGAAUAGAGAGACAGACAACUGUCAUUUGAGGUGGCCAGGGAAGGAUUUGUGACAUGAGAUAAAAAGGAAUUAAAGAACUUAGAUGAGUGAAUUGAAGAUAUUCAAAGCAGAGACAGAAGAUCAAGCAAAUUUGCAGAAGUAGAAAGGAAUACAUAAGUUUAAGGAUGAAGAAAGGAUGAGAAUUAAGAUGAGUAUGAGCUGUUACUCAGGAAGCCCAGUCUGCUAUACAUAGUGACAGUGACUGUGGGUGAGCUUUGGAGUCAGCCCCCCUGGGUUUGUAUCCUCUACUUGCCUUGAGCAGGGUUUUUUUUUUUUUAAUUGAAAUUUUGUAGAUAAUUGUAGAUUCACAUGCAGCUGCAAGAAAUAAUACAGAGGGAUCCUUGUAUACUUAGCCUAGUUUCCCCCACUGGUGACAUUUUGCAAAAUUACAGUCAGGAUAGUGACAUUGAUUCUUGAGCAAGUUAUUUUUUAUGUCUUUAAGUCUGUUUCCUCAUCAGGAGUGGUAUGACCUACCUCAUCAGGGUAUUGUAAGGAAGAAAUGCAUAAAAGUUCUUAAUACAUAUUAGUUUUAUUGUUAUAUAUGAGUGUUAUUAUUAUAUCUCUGAUUGCCAUCUCAAGAAUCUACUAAAGCUAGGCCUUAUUCUAAACACUUUCAUGUAGUUUGUUUAAUUAGUUCCCUGUUUAUGGCUAUUUAAGAACUUUACAGUUUUAUCUAUUAUAGAUAAUACUACAGAGAAAUACGUGAUCAUAUAUCUUUGUGUGUGCCUGUGAUGCUUUUUUAUAAAUAUAUUUAUAGAGAAAUGGAAUGUUAGGUCCAAGAAUGUAGGUAUUUUAAAUUUUGAUUCUCCCUUAUUGUCUUCCAGAAAUACUCUACCAAUUGAUUCUUUCACCAACAGCCAUUUUAUGUCAUCUCUGAACCUCACAGUGACUGUAUAAAGUAGUACUCAUUUUCAUAUUUUACAAAGAAGGAUACUAAAGCUUAGAAAGACUAAUUUACUUGCUUCAAGUCAUACAGCCAUCAGGCAGCAGAGCAGUAUUCAACACCAAGUCUGUUUUACUGAAAAGCCCAGGUACUUUGUUCUGUGCUGUGGUGCCUCCCUUAUGCCAAUUACUAAAUAGAACUUUGGGCAUGCCAGUAGAGUCUCUCCAGGCUGGCAUUGGUUCAUUAAUCAUGAGUGCUUUUUUGAAUAUCAUUCAUUCCAUUGGAUAUCAUUGAACAACUGCAGGCAUACCUUGUAGAUCUCGUGGUUUCAGUUACAGACCACUGCAGUGAAGCAAGUCUUGUAAAUUUUUUGGUGUCCCAGUGCAUAUAAAAGUUAUGUUUACACUAUACUGUAGUCUAAGUGUACAGUAGCAUUAGAUCUAAUAAAACAG